AUGUAAUGGGUUAACUGAUAUAGUUCAACAGGUAGGAAACUAUGAAUAGGUUUCCAACUAAUCAUAGUUUAUAACACGUCUCUUUAGCAGCCUAUAUAAUGAAAGCCGACGUUCAGUAAUUAUAAUAAAAUAGACCUUCUAGGUGGCUCUCAGAGGUGACUGUGGUCAAUACUUUGACUCAGGAGUUCACAAAAGAUUAGGACAAAAUAAGUAGAUUUUCCGGUGGGAUCAAUGCACAAGUUUUGUAUUGAAAGGUUGUUUUGAAAAUUAGUCAUCUUUUGUUUAUUUUUCUUUUAAUUAAUUUGAAAAUAUGAUUGGUAUAAAAAAUAAAGAAUAUAAUUUUAAAAUAUGUAAUUAUAAGCGGUAGUUUUCAAAUAAAUUUUUUAAAGAUAAAAUAUGUGAGAGAAUUGGGUCAUUUUGAAGUAAUAUUUUUAAAAAGGCCAUUUUGAAUCCGAGUCCAGAGAGAAAGAGAGUGUGUGAAUGGUGUUGGUGUGAAAUUGGCCGGCCUUGAAGAGGAGUUUCUCUGUCGACAAGAGGAAUUAUUAGCCCAAGCCCAUGGCCUUCCUCUUGUUCUCACACUGAGCAGACGCGUCUAUAUAAUAGAGCCUGCUCCAGUCCUCCUGCGCUCUCACCUUCACUAACAACGAAAUAUUCAUUUGCAAACGAACAAAAGGCAGGGUCCAAAAAAACUGAAGACAACAUAGAGACAAUCCUCCAACGCCGCCGAGGCUGAGACUUUGCAAUCUUGGAGAGCUCCCAGGGAGAAGAUAUAUCGGAAUAGUACUUCAUUCCCACCCCACCCAUCAAUACAGGCAUGAUGGGAGGUAACCUGGAGUCACCAAUAGCAGCAUGCCAAGUAAAUCCUUGGGACUAAGAAGCCCCACCUAGCGCUCAAAUGGAAAUGCCAUUCCCCUCUGUUCCACAACCACUAUUUUUCUGUCCAAUGACAGUUGUUGUACAGGACUGCACAAACCACCCCACCAAAACGACCGUCACUUCUAUUCCUAUGAAACUCCCCGUCCCCACCGGUUAUCAUCCAUAUUGCAGCAAAGUUCAAACGCUCCCACUCAUACCGGCGAUAAAGCCCACCUUCCGAAGAUCCGGGUGGGCUCGCAUGGAUUCCACGGUCCGCCGUAAUCGCACCAAGCACAAGGUCGUCGUUAUCAUGGGAGCCACCGGCACCGGAAAAUCCAAACUCUCCAUCGACCUCGCCACACGCUUCCCCGCCGAGAUCAUCAACUCUGACAAAAUACAAAUCUACAGUGGCCUUGACAUCACCACUAACAAGAUCCAAAUGCACGAGCGACAAGGUGUACCCCACCACCUGCUCGGAGAUUUCGACUCCUCCCACGCUGAGAUAACCCCUUCCCAGUUCCGCUCGGUGGCUGCCGCUGCUAUCUCAGACAUCUCUUCUCGCCGCAAACUGCCAGUCCUCGCUGGUGGGUCCAAUUCCUUUAUUCACGCACUCCUCGUCGACCGGUUUGACUCCGAGUCUGACCCCUUCAAUGGUUCGGACUCGGUCUCCACCGAAUUACGUUACCGCUGUUGUUUCCUAUGGGUUGACGUUUCAUUUGCUGUUCUCUCCGACUACUUGUCGAAGCGAGUCGAUGAAAUGCUUGGCUCAGGGAUGCUUGAAGAGUUAGCUAAGUUCUACGACCCGGAUGAAGACGAGUCUAGACCCAAAACUGGGUUGAGAAAAGCGAUAGGAGUCCCCGAGUUCGACAGGCAUUUCCGAAAGUACCCUCCCGUCGACCAAGGAAUAAUCGCUGGAAAUCCCAAGAAGAAGAAGGAUGAUCCAGAAAUGGAAAGUUUUGAAGAGGCAGUGAAGGCCAUCAAGGACAACACGUGUCAUCUAGCGAAGAAGCAGAUAGAGAAGAUCCUACGGAUGAGGGGAGCUGGGUGGGACCUCAAGAGACUGGACGCCACAGAGGCGUUCAGGGUGCUGCUGUCGUCAGAUUCCGGCAAGAAGUCGUCAGAAAUAUGGGAGAAGCAGGUAGUGGAACCGAGCGUGAAGUUUGUGAGGCGCUUCUUAGAGGAGUAGGUUGUUCAGCUUUUUCUACCCGUCCUGUUUUCCUAUGAUCCAAAAUUAGUUACCUAAAUUACUUUCAUUUCCCCCUUUUUUUGGGUCUACUCUUUCCCUCUCUAUUUGAAAAAAAAAAACCAUAACAAAAUAAAAAGGUUUACUUACAUGAUGGGUUGGAAUUUGGGAACCAGAGCUGCGACCAUGUCUGGGCCCAGAGGGCGAGCAAUUUCGGGGACGCUGGGUUGGGGAGGGGAAGGUUUGCUUUGAAAAAAAAGGAAAGCAGGUAAUAUCUUGUCAAGGCUGAGAAUUCUAUGCAUGCUUGGUUCAUGUUUAGGAGUUUUGAGAGUGUUGUGGAUCACAUUUGGAGUGUGAAAAUGUUUGUACGACUUCUUUGUGGGUCAUGACUCAUGAGGCACAAAAGUGUACUUUUUCUUUCGAGUUUGAAUGUCGAAAACGGAUUGAGUCACACUCUGGGGCAUGGUCAGGAUGGACGGCACCCUCCCUCAAGUAGCAAGUUUGUAAAAUGUUAAGCUCCCUCAAAAAAAUUUUAACGUCGGUUAAAGAUUGUGAA